AAAUCUCUUUUCUGCGAAGCAUUUCCCGUGUUGGCACCGUCGCGUUACGCUGUCAACAGAGGAUAGCAGACGAUGUUUGUCAAAAGACACGCUCGUUAAUUUCAACAAAAGGAUCAAGUAUUUACGUUUUUCGCAAAAUGUUGCGGCUUACGGCAUCAAUCACUAGUAGUAAUAUAAUAGUACCUCAGUUGCGGCAGUUCCAUGCAAGCGCUGUCUGUUGUAAACUCCAGUCAGGAAGGUACAAAAUUACCCCUAAAAGAGACCGGCCUCUGACAUAUGAAAUGGCCAAUCCACCAUAUUACAUAGCCCAUAGGAAAUCAUGGAACUCCUGGGACACAACUUCAUUGCUGGAUGGACAAAGAGCAGCAGAAACUUCUGUAGAAGAUGUGUUCAUCAGACGAUUCAUGACAGGAACCUGGCAUGAUUUGUUCUGCUCUGAAAUCAUCAUCAAGCGCCAGCACAACCUCAUUCGGAUAGCUGGCAUUCUUAGACAGGGUAUUCCUUCCAGAAAAAUGUAUUUUCUGAUUGGAUAUAGUGAAGAAUUACUGGCCAAUUGGCUGCAAUGUCCAGUGAAAUUAGAAUUGCAAACUGUUGAAAAUAAGGAGGCUACCGUUUUCAAGCACAUAUAAUUUCAAGUGCCAAUAGUCAUUUGUCCCAAAUAAAUACAAGAAAAUGUAAAGACUG